AUGGAACGGGCACAACACGCACUUAUCGACCCAUUGAUCGAGCCAGACCCGAGCGAUGAGACUGGACUGAACUCCCACUUCCGCUCAACCUUUGCGCCUCGACAAGAUGGCCCCAUCACCCCACCCGGAUCCGCCGGACUGUCCAAAGACGGACCCUCCGUAAAGGUCCAGGAACAGCGCACAGGUGGCUCAGCCGGGAGCAACCCUUUCUUGCGGUCUCAACAAACUGGCAGCUCAGUGGGAACCAACCCAUUCCUACCAUCUCAACACACCGGCAGCUCUGCGCAGACAAAUCCGUACCGCCGCUCGAGAGCCUCGUCUGAAGCCAAGGCUCCCUCUGCGACUGUUUCGCAGUUUGGCCAGACUACUCCAAGGUCGAGCAGGUAUGAGUACCCGUCCCCUCCACAGUCUGCCAGCCCUCGGAAACAGCACUUCUCGGACCACCGCGCGAAUGCGUUCGGAUCCAUGAACGAGACUAGGCCCCGUCGAUCGAGCCAGCCGUCGUCAUCCAGGCCACAGUCGCAAUAUGUUUCUGGACGUAACCGUGGAGCAUCGUUGAGUGCAGGGGAAAACUCCCCCUUGGACACAAUACGCAAAGAGACUAAGACUGCGCACCGUGCCCACCAUCUUAGAAAGAAGAAUUUCCAGGGUGCUGACAUCAUCGACCGGCUCGACAAGACCGGUGUAUCGCGCUACCAUCACGAGGGACCGUAUGAUGCCGCCAGCAUUGCCCGCAACAGAGACAAGAAAUACAGCCCUGUCGCGGCGGUGCAGGAAUCGAACGAGGAAGCGCUGAGGGCUACACCGACGGAGAAUAUUCGCGAUGCUGUCGAGAGACACCGCCCACUAGACGGCGUCGCUAUCGUCCCCCCAGGGAUGGCCGACAAAUUUGGUCGCGUCUACCACUAUGAAGAAGGCACUGAUAUGCAGCGCGAUCCUCUGAACAAGGGCGACUACAAGCGAGUGCCAGGUGUUGAAUACGAUCCGAAUGAUCUAAAGGGCAAGGGCGAGCCAUCCUACACCAUUGAGAAGCAGCUGAAAGAUCACAAGAGGUAUGGCGACGGCGGAAUCGAGAUGACAUCACGCCGUCACAGCAAGAGUGUAGGCCACACCGAGGCGCCUGGUGCCAUUCCUGCGGAAAACCCCUUCGAGGCCGAAGCAUCUGGUGUCGGGCGAAGCAACUCUGGUUUGGGCAAUGCGCUAAAGAAGCGAUUCGGCAGCAUUCGACGCAAGAAGCAGGACGUUGACGCUUAG